AGUUUGAUGGAAGAGUGACGCAAGAAAGCAAAUUUGGAAUUUUUGGAAGCUGUAUUUUUAUUAUUUUCGUUAGAUUAUGUUGAAUUAUUGAGUUCAUUACUAAAUUGAAAUUUCAUUUUAAUCAAUAUUAUGUUGUUAUUGUAUAUCAAAUGAAAAGUAGUUACAAAUUAAUUAAAGUACAAUGGGAGGUUGUCGCUGUAGUUACCGUACGUGUUCAUUGCGGACUGAUGGGAAGACACACAUGUUUCACUACCCCGUAUUUGACAAAGUACGCUGUCAUCAAUGGAUAACAAAUGCACGGAAAUUAGAAUUUCUCAAUUUGAAAGUGUCGCAGUUGAGGAACAGAGUUGUUUGUCAACAUCAUUUUAAAGAUGAAAACUUUAUGAACUUCAAGAAAGACAAACUCACAUUCGAUGCAGUACCUACGGAAGAUGGACCCUUCUGUGAUCCAAGUGAGUCAGACAAAGCAAAGGCUGAACAAGAUGAAAGCAAGGUGUUCAGCAUAUCUCUGGAUGAUAUUGAAAAUGAAUAUUUGACCAUUGGUGACAAAAAAGCUAAUUUUUCAGUGAAAUAUGGUGAUUUCUUAACUAAUUGUGAAUUAAUGGACUUAAAUUCCUUAAAUACAACCAACCAGGUAAAGGAUAACAGUCAAAUUGAUUUAACUGAUAACACUAAACUGGUACCAGUUAUACCGAAAGAUUUGGUUAUUCCUAAGAAACCUGUAAAAUGUGUGCAACCUCAGAUACGCAAAAGUACCAGAGGAAAACAACUUAAGACUUUUGAGAAAAGUGUCCUAAAUAAUUCUAGUGUUAAGGAGAAUAUAAUAAAUCAUGAUUUGUUCCAAGAUAAUAGUACAAUGCAACCCAAUGUAAUAGAAUUUAGUAAACAAAGUGAAAUACAACAAUCAGACUUAGAAGGAAAUGCUAUAAACUUUACAAUUAAUGUGUCAGAAGUACCAGUUGAGUUCUCUACAUCAGUAUGUCAAGAAGAGAAACCUGUUGGAAAACUAGAACCAGUGUCACCCACCAGAGUCUUAACAUUUCCAAAUAAAAGAAAAGUUUUUAAUUCUAAGCCUACCCCUGGUAUAGAAUUAGUGGAAGUGUCAGUAGCGGAGGAGAUACCAAUGAGAGGAGAGAGAAACCCAGUUACUGAGACAAAUUCAUCAGCAGGUAACAUUCUUGAAAAAUUGAACAAUAAGUCUGAAAUUAUUGAUUUAAGUGAGGGUAUAACAAACACCGAAGUACCGAAAACCAUAAUGAUUAAAAACAGGAAUGCCAAUAAUAUAGCACCAACAACUUCAUUGUUAAAGAAUAAAAUACCUCCAGAGAGAGUAGCAGCUAUAGCAGAGAAACGAAAAUUCAACAUGAAAUUACGAGAUAUAGUUGAAGACUGUUUAGACAAGUUAGAUGAACCACAAAAAACUGAUUACGAAAAGAGACCUACAUUACAAGAAACCAGAUUACUUCAAAGUAAAAAGCGACAAGUUGCAUCUCAUCUCUCUGAAGAAUCACAACUACCUAACGUACAAGACUAUACAUUGGCUUUCCUAGAAGCUAGAAUGAAGAAAAUGGAAAAUAAUUUACUUAAUAAGAUAGAGGAAAAUUCACAGAGAAUAUUGGAGUUAAAACAAGCAUAUGCACCAUCUAGUUCUAAGAGAUCUGUGCACACACAAACACAAGUUGGUGAAGAUGUACAUAAGAGACAUUUGUAUCAGGAACUAUCUAAAUAUUUAAGCCAAGAAGCUAACAGUUUAUUGUAUGAAGAACUUUUUAUAAAUAAAUAUACUAAGGAUAUGCCUAAAUGUACCUCUCCGAAACGACGGAAACGUAGGUGA